AUGCGCGUCGCGAUCGCGCCCCGCGCGCGCGUCGCGACGCCGCGCGCGGCGCUCGGCGCGAUCAGGCGCGACCUCGUCGACCUGCCGGGCGAUCCGACGCUCGUCGUGCACACGAACGUGGACAUGGGGUCGAGGAAGCGCGCGUUCAUGCUCGCGGCGAGCCGAAGCGUCGCGAAGACGCUGAAAAAGCCCGAGAGCUACGUCGCGGUGUGCGUCGUGGACCGCGCGGACAUCGUCUGGGGAGGGUCCGACGACGACUGCGCGCUGUGCAGGCUGACGAGCCUGGGAGGGAUCGAUCUGGAGAAUAACAAGGCGGUGAGCGAGGACGUGUGCGCGCUGUUGGGCGAGACGUUCGGAAUCGCGGGAACGCGCGUGUACGUGACGUUCGAGGACGUGGCGCGAGAAAACAUGGGAUACGAUUCGGCGACGUUUGCGGGGUGA